UGGUAAAAUGAUGACAGAUAACUUUGUAAACUUCUCUGUGGCACAUAUUCAGUAACUUAUACAGGCGGACCGACAGUAGCCUGUGCAGGACAGCGCACCACGAGACUGCCCCUGUGGUGUGGUAUUCAUCUACCCAACUAACCGGUUUCACCUUCGCCAAAACGAAAAUCACUUCCUUGAUCUCUCACAGACAACACUGAAGACAUGGCGAGAACAACUGAUCUUGCCCGGAAUGGACAUGUGAGGCACCUGGACAACGUGAAAAAUACAGUAGCAACGAAAAAUGGAUAUCAUCAUAAAAGCACGAAAAAUGGCACAGGACCUGUCCCCCAGUCUCAUCGGAGGAGAGAGGAUGCCUUCGAACAGGCACCCAUGCAUGUGGCUGUCCUCACCUACAUCGGCUUUGGAAUUGUCACCUUGUUUGGCUACUUCCGAGACUUCCUGAGGGCAGUCGGGCUGGAGAAGUGUCACGUUGCCCAAGAACGGGACGAGCAAAAGGACUUUGUUCCUCUUUACCAAGACUUUGAGAACUUCUACACCCGUAACUUGUACAUGAGGGUACGUGACAACUGGAACAGGCCCAUCUGCAGCGUACCUGGCCCUGUGUUCGACCUCAUGGAGAGGGUGUCUGACGACUACAACUGGACCUACAGGCUAACGGGGAGAACCAUAAAGAACGUCAUAAACAUGGGGUCGUACAACUACCUGGGCUUUGCGGAGAACAACGCUGACUUCCUGACGACCGUGGCAGAUAAGACCAGAGAGUAUGGGGUGGGGGUCUGCAGCACAAGGCAGGAACUUGGUAACCUGAGUAUUCACGAGGAGUUGGAGCAGCUCGUAGCCGAAUUCCUCGGGGUGGAGUCUUCCUUGACCUUUGGCAUGGGCUUCGCCACCAACUCCAUGAACAUACCUGCGCUCGUCAGCAAGGGCUGCCUUAUCUUGAGCGAUGAGCUCAACCAUGCCUCGCUGGUGCUGGGAGCCAGGCUGUCGGGGGCGACCAUACGAGUUUUCAAGCACAACAACAUGCAGAGCCUGGAGAAGCUGCUGCGAGAGGCGGUGAGCUCAGGCCAGCCACGCACACACCGACCCUGGAGGAAGAUACUCAUCGUGGUGGAGGGCAUCUACAGCAUGGAGGGUUCGCUGGUGCGUCUUCCCGAGAUCAUCGCCCUGAAGAAGAAGUACAAGGCCUACCUGUACCUGGACGAGGCGCACAGCAUCGGCGCCGUGGGCCCCACCGGGCGCGGCGUCAUCGAGCACUUCGGCCUGGACCCGCGCGACGUGGACGUGCUGAUGGGGACCUUCACCAAGAGCUUCGGGGCCGCCGGGGGCUACAUCGCAGGCAGGAAGGAGCUGGUGAACUACCUGCGCUCCUACUCGCACAGUGCGGUCUACGCCACCGCCAUGUCCCCACCAAUCACGGAGCAGGUCAUCAGGGCCAUGAAGUGCAUCAUGGGAGCAGACGGCAGCAAAGAGGGGUUCCAGAGGGUGCGUCAGCUGGGGGAGAACACGCGGUACUUCAGGAAGGGGCUGCAGGAGCUGGGCUUCAUCAUCUACGGCAGCAGGGACUCACCCGUCGUACCGCUGCUGCUCUACCUACCAGGGAAAGUCGUGGCCUUCUCCCGUACCAUGCUGCAGAAGAACAUAGGGGUGGUGGUGGUGGGCUUCCCAGCCACGCCCAUCACGGAGGCCCGCGCUCGCUUCUGUGUGUCGGCCGCCCACACCAGACCCAUGCUGGACAAGGUGUUGCAGGCGCUGGACCAAACAGGUGACCUGCUCCGCGUCAAGUUUUCACGGCACAGGGGCCCCGCACGCCUGGAGCUCCACGACGAGACAGACUACGAGCCGGACAGCUGAUGAUGAAGUUCAGAGGCUGCCAGUGGACGCAGUGGCAGUGGCAGUGGCAGUGGCAGCACUAGUCCUGAGGGACAGUCUUAUAUUGCGAUGUCUACAGUCCUCCUAUUUCAGGAGGAGGUCAAUGUCCUUAUAGGACUCUUUUUUUGUGUGUGUGUCGUGUCACGUACAGAGAGUACAGAGAGGCUGUUACUCAAGUCUCCGAAAGCUUCAGAAAUAGAGAGAUUCCAUCCAGGCAGCCAGCCAGCCAACCAGCCAUCCAGCGCUGCCUGGUGGUGGUGGUAUUAGGAAAUGAGACACUCCCGAAUGUAAACACUCGUAAUAAUGCUCUUUUGAGGCUCCCAUGUUUCAUCUCGCCCCCCCCCCAUAAUGGCGGUGAUCGAAAUCUGUGGGCCCACUGCGCUGGGGGGAGACGGUCAUAAAGUAAGAGAGAUGAAGAUGAAGGAAUAUGAAAAGCCUUCAAACGCUGCUGCACUCAGAUAUAAAAAGAAGAAGAAAAAAGAGGAAAAUCAAAAACAGACCAGACAAUUAACUCUACAUCUCUGACCUACAUCCCAUUUCCCCCAGUGCAGAUUGUGAAGCCCUUGAAGUGGUCAUUUUUUUCUUAACAGCUCUUUCACAGUUGUUCAAGACCACCGUGGAGCGCACAGUUAUGAGUUUGGAUGAUUGAGAAGGCGCAAGGAGUAGGAGCGGUUUUUUUUGUUUUUUGGGGGGGGGGGGUGCUGUUGAGAUUUACACCACCAAAGGCAAAAAAAAAAAGUUUUUUUGUUUCAGCUGUGGUUAUUUGAUAUGCUUAAUGUGUUUAUUGUGUAUACAUGUGUUUGUCAGACUUUCCACUCACUCACUAAUACUUCCCCCGUGAUUACGGUAACUCACUGUGGAGGGUUCUGUGAACUGACUUUUAAAGUUAAACAAUAAAGGAAUUGUACUUUUCA